AUGGUGGCAUUGACACAAGAAUUCAAUACUAUAAUCCCACCAAAGAUGCGGGACCCAGGCAGUUUCACAAUACCCUGCUCAAUAGGUGGAAUCUAUAUUGAUCAAGCAUUAUGCGAUCUUGAGGCAAGCAUAAACUUAAUACCCCUUUCAAUCUUCAAAAGAUUGGAUGUAGGACAGUUAACACCCACAACGGUGACUCUUCAACUCGCAGAUAGGUUCUUGGUGCAUCCUAAAAGGAAAUUAAAGGAUGUCUUGGUAACAAUAGACAGAUUGAUUCUACCUGCAGACUUCAUUAUCUUAGAUUAUGAGGCGGAUAAAGAUGUUCCACUCAUAUUGGGACGACCAUUCUUGUCGACUAGUCGUGCUCAAAUAGAUGUGCAUAGAAAUCACAAUGAGCAUCAAUGGGAAAAAGCUCAAGUUCAAUAUUAUCAAGGCAAUGAAGUUCCCAGAUGA